CCGCAAACGGACGGCAACCGCAACCGCUUCAAGCAGAGGCCUCUGCAGGCCAGGCCAAGCCAGGCAAGGCAAGGCAGGCGCUGAGAGCGCGGGCAGAGAGGGAGCGGGAGCGGGAGCGGGAGCUGUUGUGCUUGCUGCUUGCAACAAGAAAUUGAAAAGCAGACAAAACGUCGCACACGAGUUGCUAUUGUGGCUCAGAAACGCAGCGGCUGCCAAACGAGUCGGUUGCCCACUUUUAACUUUAACACUAUUUAUUUAUUUCCAUCGCAUUCAUUCAUUCAUUCCCAUUUUUGGGGCCAGGCCAACAAAAGCCACUUGAACGACGCGACAACAACAACGACGACGACGACGACGACGAGGAACUCGAGUCGAAUCGCACGUUUCGACUAAAACGAAUCACAAUUUCUAAAAGACAAUUUCAAUUCGUUUUUUUUUCUAUUCUUUUUCGUUAUCUAUAUAUACAAAGGUAUAUAUACCAAUUUUUUUUGUGUGUUUUGCUUUCGAAUGAAAGUGCACAAUUACAACAAACAACAAACAAAGUGCAGCAACAACAAUUGUAAACGUGCUCGUAAAUGUGAUCAUAAACGCGCGAUGUCGAUGGCGAGACUGUGAUCGUGAUUGUGAAUGAAAGUGUCGCACAGAAAAAUCCUCAUCACAUUUCAUGGCAUGCGGAAAAAUGUGUUGAGCGUGUUAAACAAGAGUUCAAGGAAGAGAGCUUUAAGGAGCUUCAACAUACAGCUUUAAGGAGCUUCAACAGACAGCUUUAAGCUUUAUAACCACAGAGAAACAACUCGUCGAGGAUCACACAACAAUUGCAAUUAUGGUUGUGGUUCCCGCAAUUGGCGCCGCCGCCGUCUCGGUGGGCGGUUUGCUGUUCAAGGCUAGCGCCGCCUCAAAGGCGGCAGCCGCAGCGGGCGUGGCAGCUGUGGGCGCCUCCAAGCUGGGCCUGGCCAUAGCGACGGCCAUCAAACUGACAACGGCAGUGAUCGGUGUGGGCAAACUGACGAUCAUCCCGUUUCUGAUCGCUGCGAUUGCGUAUUACAAUUACGAUCUCUUCGAUCCGGAGAAUCGUCCGUUCAACGUCAAGCAGGUGGAGUUGGCCUACGAUUUCAUCAUCAUUGGCGGCGGCAGUGCGGGCACAGUGCUUGCCUCCCGACUCUCCGAGGUGCCCCAUUGGAAGGUGCUGCUCCUCGAGGCGGGCGGACACGAGACGGAAAUAUCGGAUGUGCCGCUGUUAUCACUCUAUCUGCACAAGAGCAAAAUGGACUGGAAGUAUCGCACACAACCACAGCCGACAGCUUGCCAGGCGAUGAAGGAUAAACGCUGCUGCUGGACACGUGGCAAAGUGAUUGGAGGUAGCUCCGUAUUAAAUACGAUGCUCUAUAUUCGCGGCAAUCGUCGUGAUUUCGACAAUUGGGCAAAUCUUGGCAAUCCUGGCUGGUCCUACGAGGAGAUUCUGCCCUAUUUCCGCAAAUCGGAAGAUCAACGCAAUCCCUACUUGGCACGCAAUAAACGUUAUCACGGCACUGGUGGCCUCUGGACUGUGCAGGAUGCGCCUUACAACACGCCCAUCGGACCCGCCUUUCUGCAGGCUGGCGAGGAAAUGGGCUACGACAUCGUCGAUGUGAAUGGGGAGCAGCAGACGGGCUUCGGUUUCUAUCAGUUCAACAUGCGACGCGGCUCACGCAGCUCCACAGCGAAAUCAUUUCUACGUCCCGCCCGACUGCGUCCCAAUCUGCACAUCGCCCUCUUCUCACAUGUGACUAAGGUGCUCACCGAUCCGGUGACGAAGCGGGCAACUGGAGUGCAAUUUAUACGCGACGGACACCUGCAGAAUGUGUAUGCAACACGCGAGGUGAUAUUGGCAGCCGGUGCCAUUGGCACGCCGCAUCUGAUGAUGCUGUCGGGCAUCGGGCAUGGCGAGGAGCUGGGAAGAUUGGGCAUACCUCUGGUGCAGCAUCUGCCCGGUGUGGGCCAGAAUCUGCAGGAUCACAUUGCGGUUGGGGGCAUUGCGUUCCUCAUCGACUAUCCCAUAUCGAUAGUGAUGAAGCGCAUGGUCAAUGUGAAUACGGCGCUGCGCUAUGCCAUCACCGAGGAUGGUCCCUUGACCUCCAGCGUCGGACUGGAGGCGGUGGCCUUUAUCAAUACCAAAUACGCGAAUUCCAGCGAUGACUGGCCGGACAUGAACUUCAUGAUGACCUCCGCAUCAGUGAUGUCCGAUGGCGGCACUCAGGUGAAGACCGCCCACGGUCUGACCGAUGAGUUCUAUCAGGAGGUGUUCGGGGAGGUAACGAAUCGCGAUGUGUUCGGCAUCUUUCCCAUGAUGCUGCGACCCAAGAGUCGCGGCUACAUUAAGCUGGCCUCCAAGAAUCCGCUGCGCUAUCCAUUGCUCUAUCACAACUAUCUAACCCACCCCGAUGAUGUGAAUGUGCUUCGAGAGGGCGUCAAAGCUGCGGUCGCCAUGGGGGAGACGCAGGCGAUGAAACGCUUUGGCGCACGCUUCUGGGGCAAACCGUUGCCCAACUGUAAGCAUCUGACACUGUUCACGGACGAGUAUUGGAACUGCUUCAUACGCCAGUACACGAUGACAAUCUAUCACAUGAGUGGGACUGCCAAGAUGGGACCACCCAGUGAUCCCUGGGCCGUGGUGGAUCCACAGUUGCGGACGUAUGGUGUGCCCGGAUUGCGGGUGAUCGAUGCCAGCAUUAUGCCAGCGAUCACCAAUGGCAACAUCCAUGCGCCCGUCGUCAUGAUCGCCGAGAAGGGCGCGGAUCUCAUCAAGCAGCUGUGGCUAACGCCAACCACGGCGCCGCCAUCGUCGCAGCAACAGUGGCGCAGCAAGCGCAGCAUGCGACACGGAGGAAACGAGACGCUGCCGGAGGGAGUGCAUCAAUGGUCGCUGCCCAGUUCGUAGCCAAAUGCUUUAAUCCCUUACCCGAACCGCAAUUCCAAUGUCACUGCCUGCUUAAACCAAAACUAGAUGCAGCUUUCAGGUGUGUGCGCGCUGUGCUGUAAACAGUCAACACAACGCAGCGUGACACCCAAAAAGCUUUAAUGUGCUUUUGCAAAGUUUCUCGUUUUUUAUGCUCAAAAUGCUCCUUUGCAGUUGCUCUCAUUGUAUGUAGAUCGGGUAGUGUUUAAUGAUUAAUUAGUUAGUUAAUUCACACAUUGUUAAUUUAUUAAGCCUCAGUUCGCUUGCUGCUCCUAUUCCAUUUUACUGUGCGUUGUCCUUAGUCAAUUAAGCGCUUUUUGUAAAUAUCGAGUCAUUUAUGCUAAUACAUUUGUUUUAUUAUAUAUAAAUAUGUUAUACAAAAUAUUCUUUUUUUUUAUUAAAUCUUUGUUGUGCGAGUGUAUGUGUAUAUCAAAUAGAAAUAUGUACCUUUUGUAUAUGCUUAAGCCGCGUACACUUGAAGUACCUCAAUUAGACUCUAAGUUGGAUUCGAAGCAAUCAAUGUAUCAAUAGUUGUUAUGUUUAACGAAAUAAAAAUAA